CACGAGUGACACGACAAAGCCCAUGGAACAAACGCUCCCUUCCGCCGCGGCGGCGGCCGGCGGCGACGGCGAGGCCUACCUCAUCCGGCCGCUGGAGCUCGCCGACAUCUCGAAGGGGUUUCUGGACCUCCUCAACCAGCUCUCCCCCUCUCCACCGCUCGCGGAGGAGGCCUUCCGCGCCCGAUUCGAGGAGCUCGCGGCCCUGGGCGCCGACCACCUCGUCCUCGUCGCGGAGGACGCCGCCACGGGCCGACUCGCCGCCGCGGGGGCCUUGCUCGUGGAGCGCAAGUUCAUCCGGCGGUGCGGCCGCGUGGGGCACGUCGAGGACGUUGUGGUGGACGCCGCGGCGCGCGGCCGUGGGCUCGGGGAGCGCGUCGUGCGCUGCCUCGUGGAGCACGCGAGGGGGAGGGGCUGCUACAAGGUCAUACUCAACUGCACGACGGAGCUGACGGGGUUCUACGCCAAGUGCGGGUUCGUGGAGAAGAACGUCCAGAUGGGGCUCUACUUCUGAUCUAGGUUCCGCCUCCUUGGAUCUCUGCCUACUAUUGUUGUAGGAGUACUAGUUAAUAAUAAGGAAGUUUAUGUCAGUCCUUGCUCCAUGUAUGGAUGGAUUACUGAUCAACGUGUCUUUCAUUUGCAUUUGCAUUGCCAAAAUGUGUGCAUUCAUUAAAUUGAAUGGAUUGUUAUAUCCAAUUAUGUGC